AUGAGACGCCAGGGAAAGGUAAAGGAAGCCGCUCUUCCAGAGAGCGGCGAGGAAAAAUGUUAUGUGCCGACCAUGGACCCGAUCAGUUUGACAGCUCAAUUGGGCCGGGUGAGCAUGGAGGCCAAGCCUCAGCCUUCGCGUGUCGUAUUGGCUCACGUGCAUUGGUCAUGCACCGUUCCUGAACCUUGCCCCUGGCUUGCUCCGUUAAAUGAAGAGAGUGGAGGCCAAAUAAUUUUCUGGAGAUGGAAGAGGAAACACGCUGGGGAGGCCGCUAGUCAGGUGGCCGAGCUGUGCUUACCCCUCAUUUCCACUUUGGCAUGCACAGAGAUUCGCUUUAUUGAACUCAACAAAAAGAGAUCUGCACCUGAAGCUAGCGCCAUAACCGCUCGGCCACACUCCCGUCAAAUAACUCCGGAUAUCCAACCAUACCAGAAGGAUUCGGGUCGGGCGGCUAAUCCAACAUCCACUCACUCUUCAAACCCCUCGCUACUUCAUCAUCAUAGACACUUGGCGGGACUUGGGUUAUGGCUCCCACAGGUACAACAAAACGUCAUUCCAAACCAAAGGAUUUUGUUUCUUCUUACGUAUUACAACAUUGAACUUCAUUCACUAACGGGUAUGUGGCUGAUAGGCUUUGUUCUAAUUCAUGAAGUUGAGCGGGCAGACGUCAACUAUGCGCUCGCUUCUAAGAUGAGCCAUUUACUCAUUGUCCAAAUUGUGCAAUUCAAGGGAUCAUCGAAUGCAUUCACCAAGGUUUUCACACUGAGCGAGCAACAACGAUUUUGCGUAUCCUUCAUUCUAAAGGUAUUUAAAUACCCAAGUAGAACCAUCUCCCUGCUUGGCCUGCAAUCUCCACAGCAAAGCCUCCGCCAAUCAGGAAGUCGAGCUGAGCAUACACGCAACGGAAUUGGAUUAGACUUACAAAAUAUCUGGAUAGCUUCAAUGUACACAUGGUAUCCAAGCUCCGCUCAUACGGGUCUAGUAAGGCAAAAAGUUGAACAUUUGAAGACACCUGUCAUCGUGUACGUGCAUAGGGGCAUCGGGGAGAUACUCUUAUUUGGGGACGGCUUUACUAGCCCUCUUUAUAGAUCUUGUUUAACGAUUCAUUCUUUCAAUAGCACUGAACACUUUCAACGAUCGUUCAUCAAGGCCGAUUCCUCGAAUGACAGCAUCCGCAUUGCCUUGAAGGAAAUUGUAACUUCAGUGAUAUUACCCAAAGCAAGCGGAGAAUCACGUAAUGAAACAACCCAAUCGCUUUGCCUAAUCCACAAAAUGGAAUAUGAGGAAGAUUUGCCAACCGUUAUAUUAGAGUUGGUAUGUACAAAAUUGAAACAUCACAUGGGGAAUGUCAAGUUGUAUAUGCCUUCCUCGCUCUCCUCAUUAACACUUCCUGAAUUAGAUAGAAGAGGGAAGGGAAUGAGGGCCCUCAGCGGAGUCAUUAUCAGCCACGAGCCUAAAACUGGUCGAGUUCAUAGCACCUUAACAUCGAUGUCGUACCCCCGCCAAAGCGAAGCUCGCACUACACACCAUAACAAUCCAUAUGAAGCGAGGAGAGGUUCAUGCACAUUAAUCACCUAUAGGUCUACCGAACACAUCGCUUUCAAAGGAAUUCCUCCAACCGCCGACAAAGCCGUCUAA